AUGGCGGCCGCCGAAGAGAGGCCGCCUUCCGGGCCGGGGUCGGAGAGCGAGGACGAGAAGAUUCUCUACGACCUGCUGGUCAACACCGAGUGGCCGCCGGAGACGGAGGUGCAGCCUCGAGGCACCCGGAAACAUGGCGCAUCCUUUAUCAUCACCAAAGCAAUUACAGGGCCUCUCCUCUUCUUCCGUCAGUACAUCUGGUACAGCCCGACGGCGUUUUUACUCCCCGAUGGACUGGUCCGCUUGGUCAAUAAGCAGAUAAACUGGCAUUUAGUACUUGCAAGUAACGGCAAGCUUCUGGCAGCGGUUCAAGACCAGUGCGUGGAGAUCAGGUCAGCCAGAGACGAGUUUACGUCCAUCAUCGGGAAAUGCCAAGUGCCCAAGGACCCGAGCCCUCAGUGGAGACGCGUGGCCUGGAGCUACGACUGCACCCUGCUGGCCUACGCCGAGAGCACGGGCACCGUGAGGGUGUUCGACCUGGUGGGCAGCGAGCUCUUCAUCAUCCCGCCGGCGUCGAGUGGCCCGAGAGACCUUAGCUACGCCGUGUCUGGCCUCAUAUUCCUGGAGUACAAGGCGAGCGCGCAGUGGUCUGCGGAGCUGCUCGUCAUCAACUACCGGGGAGAGCUGCGGAGCUACCUCGUGAGUGUCGGCACCAACCAGAGCUACCGAGAGAGCCACAGCUUCAGCUUUGGGGGCCGCUACCCCCACGGCGUCAGCACGGCCAUUUACCACCCCGGACACAGGCUCUUGCUGGUUGGCGGCUGUGAGAGUGACGAAGAGGGCGCCUCGAAAGCCCGCGCGUUGGGUCUGUCUGCCUGGAGGGUCCUGUCCGGGUCUCCUUAUUACAAGCUGGUCAGCGGCAGCGGGGACGGCCUUGCCGCGGCGCCAAAGAGGCUGGGGCUGCUGAGGCUUCUGAACACGGUGCUCUACAGCCGACAGGGACAAGAGCAGGACGGGAUCUACAAGAUGAGCCUCUCUCCCGAUGGGACCAUCCUGGCCACCAUUCACUUCUCAGGAAAGCUGAGUUUCUGGAGCAUCCCGUCUCUCAAACAGUUAGGGGAGUGGAGUCAGGAGGAGCAGCCAGGUUAUGAUGAAAUCAACCCCCACUGGAGGCUUUCCACUGAGAAAAGGAAAAAAAUCAAAGAUAAAGAGUCCUUUUACCCGCUGAUAGACGUCAAUUGGUGGGCCGACAGCGCCGUGACGUUGGCCCGCUGCUCGGGAGCCCUGACGGUGUCAUCCGUGAAAACCCUGAAGAACUUGUUGGGGAAGUCCUGCGAGUGGUUCGAGCCGUCCCCUCAGCUCACGGCCGCCCACGACGGAGGCUUUCUGAGCUUGGAGUGCGAGACGAGGCUGGGGCCGAAGCGAUCGCGCUUGGAGCCCAGGCCGGGGGAGGACGAGGAGGGAGACGAGGACUCGGACUCGGGGGACGAGCUGUCUGCCAAGGCUCGCUACUUCGGCUACAUCAAGCAGGGCCUCUACUUCGUGACGGAGAUGGAGCGCUUCGCUCCGCCCCGAAAGCGCCCUCGGACCCUCACCAAGAACUACCGCCUGGUCAGCCUGAGGUCCACCACUCCGGAGGAGCUCUACCAGCGCAAGAUCGAGAAUGAAGAAUACCAGGAAGCCUUGGCUCUGGCCCACACCUACGGGCUGGACACCGACCUGGUCUACCAGAGGCAGUGGAGGAAGUCCACGGUCAGCAGCGCUUCCAUUCACAACUACCUGAGCAAGAUCAAGAAGCGCUCGUGGGUCCUGCACGAGUGCCUGGAGCGGGUCCCCGAGCACGCCGCGGCCGCCAGGGAGUUACUGGAGUACGGCCUGAAGGGCACCGACCUGGAGGCGCUCCUGGCCAUCGGGAAGAGAGAGGACGAGGGCAGGUUCCUCUUGCCUGGGGAGGUGGACAUCGCUGAGCUGCCCUAUGAGGACCUCUCAGCGCCGGCCAGAGACAGUGGAGGCAGAGACAAGAGAGCGGAGCUCCUGCGGCUCGUGAACUUCUCCGAGUUGACCUUGGAGCAGAAGGAGCUGUGCCGGUGCCGCCUCAAGCUGCUGACCUACCUGGACCGGCUGGCCACGUACGAGGAGAUCCUGGCCGUGCCUCACGCCGCCGAGCACAGGUACGAUGCCGCCUUCUUCCAGAAGUUCAGAAACCAGAACCUCGUCCUGUCGGCAAGGACGUAUGCCCGGGAGAGCAACGUGCAGGCGCUGAGCCUCCUCUUCACGUACCACGGCUCGGAGCUGCUUGCCCACCGCCUGGCCCUCCUCUCCAACUUCCCCGAGACCACGUCUCCGCACGAGUACGCGGCGCUGCUCCCCGAAGCCUGCGUCGCCGCCGGCUCCCUGACCAUCUUUCCGUGGAACGAGCAGAAGCACCGGGACAAGGACUGGUGUGAGGAGCCGCAGUGCAGAAUGGCGGUGGAGCCGGGGGCCCGCGAUGAGGCCGGCUUCCUGUACGAGGCCCAGCCUGAGCUGCUCAAGUACCGGACGGCGCGGCUGCCCAUCGAGCUGGUCACCGAGUGGUACUGCUCUCGGGGGGAGGAGAUCGAGCACUGUGCCCGGCAGGUGGACUGUGCCUUGUCCCUCAUCCGCCUGGGCAUGGAGAGGAACAUCCCCGGCUUGCUGCGCCUCUGCGACGACCUGGUCACCCUGGAGACGCUCGUGUACGAGGCCGGCUGCGACCUGACGCUGAGCCUGAAGGAGCUCCGGCAGAUGAAGCCCAUCGACCAGCUGCGGCUGCUCAUGGAGAGCUCCUCGGAGGAGAAGUACGUGACCAACGCGUACCAGUGGAUGGUGCCCCUCCUGCACCGCUGGGAGAAGCAGAGCCCGGGCGCCGGUGACCAGCUGCUGCGAGACUACCUGGUGACCCUGGCCAGGGGGGACCUGCGGCUGCCCCUCCAGAUCUUCCAGCACUCCAAGCCCGACCUUCAGCAGAAGAUCAUCCCGGACCAGGAUCAGCUGAUGGAGAUCGCCCUGGAGUGCAUCUACGGUUGUGAGCGCGAUGACCAGCUCGCUUGUUGCUACGAUAUUUUAGAGUGCCUCCCGCAGAGAGGAUACGGCCUUAAGACUGCGCAGGCCGCCGCUCUCCAUGACAAGGUGGACCAGCUGGAGCAGAUUCUCAGCGUGUCCGAGCUCCUGGAGAAGCACGGCCUUCAGAAGCCCAUUUCGUUCGUGAAAAGCACCCAGGCCGACGCGGAAGAGGCCCGCAAACUGAUGAUCCGGCUCACCCGGCACACCGCACGCAGGCAGCCCCAGGUCGGCGAGUCCCAUUGGAAGAUGUUGCUGCAGGACAUGCUGGCCAUGCAGCGGACCGUCUACACCUGCUUGGAGCCCGAUGCUUGCUACGAGAUCUUCACGGAGAGCCUCCUGUGUGCCAGCCGCCUGGACACGCUGCAGCUGGCCGGCCAGAUGAUGCAGUGCAGUGCCGGCCCCCCGCGAGGGAAGGCCCCCUUCAGGGUGGGCUACGAGAAGAGCAUCGCCCUGGUGCUGGCGGCCAGCCGGGAGUACUUCAACUCGUCCACCAGCCUCAGCGACAGCUGCAUGGACCUGGCCAGGUCUUGCUUACAGUUGAUCACUGAUUGUCCCAGCCCCAUUCAGGAGGAACUUGAUCUCAUUCGUGCCCUGGGGUACCUUGAAGAAUUUGGGGUAAAGAUCCUCCCUUUGCAAGUACGCCUGUGCCCGGACCGCCUCAGCCUCAUCAAGGAGUGCAUCGCGCAGGCCCCCACCUCCUACAGGCAGGCCGCCAAGCUUCUGGGCCUGGCCAGCCUGCUCCAGGUGGCAGGGGAGGACCACGAGGAGAGGAAGGGGCAGGUUCUGGUCCUGUUGGUCCAGCAGGCGCUUCGUUUCCAGGACUACAAAGCCGCCAGCAUGCACUGCCAGGAGCUGAUGGCCGCAGGCUACGCUCAGAGCUGGGACGUGUGCAGCCAGCUGGGGCAGUGCGAAGGCUUCCGGGACUUGGCUGCCCGCCAGGAGCUCAUGGCGUUUGCUCUGACGCAUUGUCCUCCCGGCUCCAUCGAGCGUCUCCUGGCGGCGAGCAGCUCUCUCCAGACAGAGAUCCUUUAUCAGAGGGUGAAUUUCCAGAUGCAUCCAUGUGAAGGAGGAGAGAGCCCAAGCGUGUCCCUGCUACCGGUGCCGGGGCCUCCAGAGGAUGAAGCGGGCAUCCCGUCCAGCCAGUCGGGGGACCUGCUGCACUGGACCACGGCCACCACCAUGAAGGUCCUCUCCAACACGACGACCACCACCAAAGCGGUGCUGCACGCCGUCAGCGACGGGCAGUGGUGGAAGAAGUCCUUGGCCUAUCUGCGGCCAUUGCACGGCCAAGACCUCGGGGACGUGUAUGGCCGGGGAGUGGGCGCCAACGCCGCCCUGGAGAGACAAGGCUGCCACCCCUUCUACGAGUCGCUCCUGGCCAACCCCUUCAUCUCCGAGUCGGAGGCCACCUACACAGCGUACCAGCACGUCGCCAAGGAGAGCUUCGCCGAGGUCCUGCUGCGGACGGGGAAGCUGGCGGAGACCAAGAGCGACGGCGACGGAGGCUUUCCCACCACGGAAGUUCUCCUGCAGCUGGCGAGCGACGCCUUCCCUCACGACCUGGCCUUGGCCUUGGCUUACCUGCUCGCCCUGCCCCAGGUGGUGGACGCCAACAAGUGCUUCGAGAAGCAGGCGCCGUCGGCCCUGGUCCUCCAGCUGGCCGCCUACUACUACAGCCUGCAGAUCUACUCGCACCUGGCCCCCUGCUUCGCCGACCGCUGCCAUCCGCUCUACCGGGCCGACCCCAGCAAGCUCGUCCAGAUGGUUACCCGGCACGUCUCCGACCUCGAGGGCCAGGCGUGGCCCGAGGGCCUGGGGACGCUGGUCCAGCAGCUGGGCUUCUAUCACGAGCGGCUCCUGGACCUCACCCAAGGCCAGCUCCUCCGUGGCCUGCACAAGGGCGUGGAUGUGGCCCGCUUCGCCGCGGACAGCCAAUACAAGAGGGAGACCAUCCUGGGCCUGGCAGGGACCCUGGAGAAGAACGUCUACACCAUCGCCCUUUCCUUGGCCCAGCGCUAUCAUGUGCCACGUUGGGAGGUGUACAUGACCCACCUGGAGUUUCUGUUCACCGACAGUGGUUUGUCCACGGCCGAGAUCGAGGGCCGCGCGCAAGCCCUGGGGCUCCUGGAGACCCUGAAGGCGGACCCCGAGCUCUUCCAGGAGCGCAUGGCCAAGUAUGUGUACCCGGGCAUCGGGGGCGCCGACCACGACAGGCUCUUCUGCUUCUUCGGCCUGCUGGCGGCCUGCGGCUGCCCCGGCUUCGGGAGGCCGGCCAUUGCGCCCGAAACGCAUGUGCGGCUGCUCAAGAAGCUGAAGGUCGUCGCCGCAGGCCUGAACUACAAGAAGCUGACCGGCGAGAAUGCCCGACCUCUGGCCGCGCUGGAGCCUGUCCUCAGCAGCCACAACAUCCUGUCCAUCUCCAAGCUGGCCCCCCGGAUCCCGACGCCCGGUGGCGGCACGCUGGCCCCGAGCGCCCUCUACACCGUGUGGCUGCAGAAGCUCUUCUGGACGGGCGACCCUCAGCUGCUGCGGACGGCCCCGGCGUCCGGCCCCGAGUGGCUGCGCGCCUACGACGUGUGCGCCAAGUACUUUGACCGCCUGGAGCCGUGCGACCUGCUCGCCGUGCUGGACGCCGUGACCUUCUCUGCCGAGGCCGCCACCAAGCUGAGCGUGGACACCCGGACGGAGAUGACCAGGAGGGCCGUGGCCACUGUCCGACACUUCAUUGAGAAGCGGAAGAAGAGGCAUCCCGAUGCCCGUGACCCCGAGGCCCCGGCUGCCCCCCCUGCUGCCCCCCCUGUUGCCCCCCCUGUCUCCUAUGAGGAUGUCCUGAGCCACCUGGAGCAGUCCCUCGCCCACCUGGGCACCCUCGGCCACAGCUUCAUCGCCUCCCUGAGGGGCAGCGAGCAGGAGGAGCUGCGGCGCCAUGCCCACGUCUACGACCUGUCACGGUCCGAGGAGGCCAAGGUCCGGGCGCAGGCCGUGGCCAUGUGCCUGGAGGGGCGGCCCCUGGCCAUGGUGUGGCAGCUGCUGGAGGUGGCCGUCGGCCCCCUGAGCCUCUCCCCCAAGAUGGUGGUCCACAGCGCGGUGGCCAGCGUGCUGUCUCUGCUGAGUGGGGAAGGCGCUGCCCUGCCUGUGCCCGGGGACCCGCUGCGGGUGCUGGAUGGCAUCAUCUCGUCGGUGCACGCCAGCGUGGAGAAGGGGGAAGGGCUCCUUUCGGCCGAUGACCUGCUGGCCUGGUUCCGGCCCUUCUGUGCCGAUGACUCCUUGCCCGUCAAGCCGCGUGUCCAGGUCCUGCAGAGCAUGGAGCGCUCCUUCCAGCUCACGGACGAGGACAGAAAACUCCUGGUGUUCUUCCGGACAGAGGCCAUCCUCAAGGCCACGUGGCCCCAGACCCAGGUGUCUGUGGCCGACAUAGAGAGCGAAGCCGGACGCCGGACCCUCUUCCUGUCUCUGCUCGAGGCCAGCCGGAGGCCGGUGGAGUUCCAGCACUUGGCUCUGCUUCUGCAAGCGUGGCCCCCCCCGAGGAGCGCGGACGGCACGAGCGACAACCUGUGGCUGAAGCUGGCGAGCAGGAUGCUGUCCGGGGGCCCGGACGAGGCCCAGGCGGCCGCGGGCUCUGACGUGCUGGCGCUGUGCCGCUCCUUGUACCACACGCCGCAGGCGCUGCCCCUGGAGGGUGUGAAGGAGCUGGCCUUGCUGCUGCUCAGCCAGUCCCUCGUGCUCCCAGCCCUGAAGCUUCUGGUGGAGAGCCAGGACGGAGCUCUGCAGGAGCUGGCCCUGGAGCGCGUGGCCGCCGUGGCUGAGGUGGACGACUCCAACUGCGACGCGGAGCUGCUCUCUCUGCUCCUGGAUGCCAAGUUGGUGGCGAGAUGUAUUUCCACCCCCUUCUAUCCCCGCCUCAUCAACCACCUGUUGGCCCACCAGGGGGAAGGCCUCUGGCCUGUGGAGGAGAUGGCACGAGAGCUGCGGGAGGCCGGCUAUAGCGCAGAGGCCGGCUCGCUGCUUCUGGCCUCCCGGGGCACCUUCAGUGCCCUCCGGACCUUCACUGCUGCUCUCAACGCUGCCCAGCACUGGCUGUGAAGAGACUUCGCUCCAGGGCUCACCGAGACAAAUCUUAUAGCCAGAAACUCCAUGUAAUCCCGUUCAUUUCCUGCCCCAUUCCUGGAAAAUAAAGCAAUAUGUCCCCAGUGA